CAGUGGUGUGCAGUCUCUGACUGCUUCUCUCCUUUCACAAGUUACUGGAGUUGUGACAUAUUGCCAACAGUAUAUUUCAAGCAUGGGAAUACUGUGUGUAUAAUCCAGACUGUGCAACACAUUGAAGUAGUGGAAGAAUCAGCAGCUAGAUGAGCUCUUGUGUAUGGUCUUCUUUUUCUCCCUUGGGAAAUAUUAGCAACUACAGAAGCAGCCCUGAUGAAACUUAAGGUGAGCAUCUAAAGGAAAUAAUGAGCGUUGUAGUCACCUAUCCAGCUUUAAAGCGUGUUGCCCUGGCAGGAGGCACACAUGGAAAUGAGAUGGCAGGAGUUGUACUGGCCAAAUACUGGAUGAAAAAUCCCGCGGAGUUACAGAGGAAGACUUUUAUAGGGAACACCUUCAUUUCAAACCCACGUGCUACAGAGAAGUGUGUGCGCUAUAUUGACUUUGACCUCAACCGCUGUUUCACCUCAAAGAUGUUAAACACCUCUGCUACUGAAGAUCCCUCGUAUGAGCUCAGUCGUGCUAAAGAAUUAAACAAGAUUUAUGGACCAAAAGGGAGCUCUGAUGCAUUUGAUUUACUGAUAGACAUGCACAACACCACCUCAAAUAUAGGAAACUGUUUCAUUCCAAUGGCAACACAAGAUCAUCUAACAAUGCAGAUGCUGAACUAUGUCCAGCAACAGAGCCUUUUUUCUCCAUGUCGAGCAUUCAUUGCAGACCUGCCUUUGGAGGAUGCCUUCUCUUUGGACUGUGUUGGCUUACAUGGCUUGUCAUUUGAGUUAGGACCUCAGCCGCAAGGUGUGAUACGUGGUGAAAUAUUACAGCGGAUGCGUGGCCUUGUGAAUUGUGCAUAUGAUUUUAUUGACCUGUUCAACCAAGGGCAGCACUUUUCAGAAUGUCAAGUGGAGGGCUUUCAGGUUACUGAAAAAGUGGACUUUCCUCGAAAUGCAGAUGGAGAGAUUGAGGCCGUUAUUCACCCAGAUCUGCAGGAUAAGGAUUUCCUUCCACUCCACCCUGGUGACCCAAUAUUCCUAACACUGGAUGGAGAAACAAUCACAUACAAUGGAGAUAGUGUGGUCUAUCCAGUCUUUAUCAAUGAGGCAGCAUAUUAUGAGAAGAAACUUGCUUUCUGGAAAACAAAGAAAAUCACAGUGACUGUCCCACCAAUCCAGGUGCAGAAGAAUUAAAGUUUAUUAAUGGACGUCCAUCCCAGUGGAGGAGCAGUGGUAGUGAUACUUAUCAUAAUUCCUUUGGGGUUGGUGAAGCUAUCAGCACCUUAGCAGAUCCUGUUCUUUAGUCACGCAGAGGGCUGUACAUCUACUUCACCUCUGUGUACCACCUAGUGGUCUGAUUAUAGUACUGCAGUUGUAAUUAACUAUAUGUCAGCCACUUAGCAUUCUGUACCCCAAGAUACACAUGCUUUAAUACACCCACUACUGGGAGUUAGAUGAGAAAGCCAGUGUCUCCAGGAUUCAUGGCUUCGAUACACAUUUUUUUUUCUUUUUGAAGUUUAUUCCUGGUGUUUCAGUGAAGACGGCAUUUUACAUCUGGUGCUUUCUGUCAGCCAAGAUCUCUGCUUUGAGCACCAUCCCAUGUUAUGUACAUGACUUCUUAGGUGGUGAUUAUACUACACAUCACUUAACUUGAUAUGGGGAGGGACAGUGCCUCCAUAUAAAGUACACUAGCAAUGGAGGUGGCACUUCUUUGAGAUAUGACCCUGUUAGAAAGCUGCAGCAUGCAUAUGUGCCAGGCCAUUACAGGCAUGCAUGCUGUCACACACACCUGCAUAUCAGCAUCUUCCAAGUCAGUAGUGUGGCUUAGACUAGUGGCAAAUUAUCACCUCCAACUUUCCCAGAAAAAAAUGGAAUCCUUGCCUUAGAUGGACCACAUACCUUCCUCCAGCAGGAGAAAGCAGGAUACCAGCCACUCAACUCAACCCAACCUGGCUCACUCCUCCAUUGUUUGGCAUAUUAAUUGAGCCUAGGUCAUUAGCUUCACACCUGGAAGCAAAACAACUACAACAGUGAAACUGGUACUCAACACCUGACCUACUAUCUAAGGAUUAUGCUGUAGAAUGUGUUCAUUGUACCCACAAAGUACAAAAUGGGUGAUCCACAGUUAUACCCACUGACUAGACCAAUAAAGGUAAGGAAUGAUAGUCUGCAACAGGAGCUGAAGGGCAUCUUCCUCUAUCAAGACAAAGAAGCUUUAUAGAAAAAUGUGUAAGGUAAUCAGAAACAAGUCUUUUGAUAUCAAUGAUAUAUAGCAGUGGAAAGGGACUGAAUAACACAGUCCCAUAAAUUUAGGUAGCUCUAUGAGCUAUAAAGACAAAAUCAUACCCUAAAGAAAUUAUAGGCUUUGAAUUUGUGCCUUUAGGAAUUUAAAUAAAUGACUAAAAUAAGUCAGAAGGAGAGGGACGUUGGAUGGUGUUAUCUAGCAGUUUUUGUGUCUCACUCUGAUGGUCUUCCUCAGUGAUGCAUUGACUAUCUUGAAGUUGAAAAUAGUUCAUAUAGAUCUCAUAUAUGCUCUUUGCUAAUGGAAGCCUAAUUUCUGCCAAGGCACUUGACAGUAAAGGAAAAUCAUUAGAAUAAAAGGUUUAUGCAUUUGCACUGCACAAUAGCUGUUUAAUUAUACUGUGUAAAUCACUUUGGUAUCUUCAAGCAUAUUUUAUGAAUAAAAGUCAUUUGCUUUA